AUGGCCCACCCAGCCUCCCCUCAGGAGACAGAUAAUGUUGAAGUCUUAGAAAUUCCCAUUGACAGUAAAACAGAAUGCUGUCGAUUAGGUUCAAAAUCUUAUUUAUUUGCGUCCAGUCAGGAAGAUCUUAUAUUUACCUUGGCCACAGAUGCAGAUGCAAGAAAGUUCCACAGUGCAGUAUACAAAGUCCGCCAGGGUAAAGAAGCUUCUGUGUUUAGUGAGAGAACAGAUGAUGCUAGUGCUGUCCAGUAUUUUCAGUUUUAUAGUUAUUUAUCACAACAACAGAAUAUGAUGCAGGAUUAUAUUCGAACUGGUACCUAUCAGCGUGCAAUAUUGUCAAACAUGAGUGACUUCAGAGAUAAAAUUGUCCUUGAUGUAGGGGCAGGGUCUGGUAUUCUUUCAUUCUUCGCUGCGCAGGCUGGGGCACGGAAAGUUUACGCUGUUGAAGCAUCUUCGAUGGCUCAACAUUGUGAGCUUCUAGUUAGAGCAAAUAACCUACAGGACACUAUAAAAGUCAUGGCUGGGAAGAUAGAAGAAAUUGAAAUUCCAGACUUAGUGGAUAUGAUUAUCUCUGAGCCAAUGGGUUACAUGCUUUAUAAUGAAAGAAUGUUAGAGUCUUACCUCCACGCCAAGAAGUGGCUUAAGCCUGGUGGCCGUAUGUUCCCGUCCCGGGGUGACCUUCAUGUUGCCCCUUUCAAUGAUGAAACCCUGUAUUAUGAACAGCUCAAUAAGGCCAAUUUUUGGUAUCAGAAUUGCUUUCAUGGCGUUGACUUGUGCCAGUUACGUGAGCAAGCACUUAAUGAGUACCUGAGACAGCCUAUAGUAGAUACCUUUGACAUCGGUAUUUGUUUAGCAAAAAGUAUAAGAUAUUCAUUGGACUUUUUGGACACUGAAGAAAAGGAUUUACAUCAUUUAGUUAUACCACUUGAAUUCCACAUCCUAAAAAGUAGUACACUUCAUGGAUUAGCAUUUUGGUUCGAUGUUGCUUUCCUUGGCUCAACACAGACCGUAUGGCUAUCUACAGCUCCAACGGAACCUCUCACACAUUGGUAUCAGGUGCGGUGUUUGUUAGAAAAACCAAUCUUUGUUAAAGAAGGUCAACUAAUUACUGGAACAGUUGAGCUUAUUGCUAAUAGAAGACAAAGUUAUAAUGUUCAAAUUCAAGUCCGUAUUGAAGGGACCUCUACAGUAGCUACAAAUACGUUAGAUCUGAAGAAUCCAUAUUUCCGUUACACUGGUGUUGCGCCACAGGCUCCUCCUGGAAAUAAUUCAACGUCUCCUAGUGAAAACUACUGGCAUCAAGUUGAUGCUCAAGGUGCUAAACAAGCUCUCAAUAUGGUGAAUGGGGUGACCAUUAAUGGCCUUGGUGAAGUCGCCCUCGAUCAGGGAACGUCACUCAUUAAUUUAGGACAAAAUGUACCCCUAGCAAACAUCAGCCUAGGCUCAAUACCCUUGAAUUUGCCUAUGCAAGGUGAAGGACACUCAAGGGCUGUCAGCCCUCCUGCAGCUUCUCCAGGGUCAUUUUCUUCUAGUGCUCCAUCUCACAGUAGUAGACAGCCAAUGGUUGGGAGUAGCAACAGUGUAGGUGCUGGUAACUUCCCAGUCAACAGUGCUCUUAUGAUUGGUGAUUAUGUGACACCAGGUUCCAUAGUCUUACCAACUCAGGGUAUUCAACUUGGAAGUCACUCAACCAUGGGUACAACUGAACGUUCUCUGUCCCAGUGACCAACGCUUCAGCUGGAGUCCAGCUUUUGUGGUAAACUUGCUCUUUCAUGAUUUUAGGAUGUCCUCAUCCUGUAAAUCAUUUACAUGCAGCUCAGCAGUGUGUUAACAUAGUGUUGGACAAAUUAGAACCAUUAGUUGUGAGCUGUUCAUAGGGCAAUGAAGCUACUGUGUAUUGUACAAAAAAUAUGAUCUCUUGGUACAGAAGAGAACAUUUAAGUGCUGGAAUUUACUUCUUUAUGAACUUUUUAAAAGUUUGUGGAAGGUAAAGUACUGAAAAGAAAAGAAAUACUGCUUGUGGCAGGUAAUGAAAUUCAAAAGGAGGCAAAAAAUGGUUGUAGUAUUCUUCUGAAGUUGACAUAAAUGUUACAGUACUGUAUUAAAAUCAGCACUUUAUGCAAUGGAAUUUCAUCUUGCAUAUUAGAAUUUAAGUACCUAUCGUACUUAAAUUUGCUGUGGUUUUUCAGUGAUUUAAAGAUUUUUCCAGCAUGGAAAAAUAUUGAGUACCUAUAGGGUUAUACUUAAUCCUUCGUUUAUAGAAGGACCGUUACUAGUGUGUUUUCCCUACCAAUUGAUAAGAUUUCUUGCAAAAUUGUCAUUUCUGUAUGCCAGACAACAUACCGUUGGUUGAUUUAUUUUUUUCAACUUUUGGUAUCUCUUCGACAAGGUUGUAUCUCAAUGACAGCUGCACUGCUAUACAUCUCACAUAUUGUAGGAACACAACAUAUAUAGGUAAGUCUAGUUGACAAGUCAGUACAGUAUAUUAUUGUCAGAUGGCUUAAAUAGCCUAAGUUUGAUGGAUAUUCGUUGACAGUUUCUUGGGGCAUUUCCUGUCUUUUUGAACAUUAUAUUUGUUGUCAAGAAGUACUAGAAAUACAAAGGUAUAAACAAU